AUGAUCCCGUCUGUGCUGUGCAACAUCGCUGCCAGGGCUUCACGCCUAUUCGCCCGAAGAACGGCCUCGCGUCCAGACUCUUUUCCAUUGUCUCCUCAGCCGUCGCUAGUGUCGUCCACGUCGUCGGACCUGUCGGAUCUCGUGAGUUGCACUCGCUCUCUCGUCGCGCUCACGCAGUCCUGCGGCAGUAGCGCCGCCGACGCACACCUGCAGCAAUGCGUGCGCGAGUGCACCGACGCCACGCUCGACGCGCUCUCUUCAUUGCCGCCCAGGGCCCACGUGCCGGCCGAUGUCUGCGUCGUACUGCUCGUCAUCCUUCGUGCCUCCGCCCGGUUCUGGCAGGAGGACAGAUGUGCUGCCUUGGCACAGCGGUUGGCAGAGCAUGUGGAUGACAUGGCGCUGCGGACAUGGCGGCCUCGUGUGUUGGUUGCGACCGUGCAUGCGUUCGCCAAAGCGUGCCCCUCGCAGGCUCAGCUGCCCCUUGUAACGGACUGCUUCGUGCGGCUGCAGCAGUGUGAGGCGCAGCUCACAGAGUACGAUGUGGCGACUGUUCUGUGGUGCCUUGCGACACUGCAAGUCGGUGAGAGCCAGCUACCAUUGUGGAGCUCCCUCUGCAAGCGCGCCGCACUGUUGUUCUCGCGCAUGAACCGCGUGAGCCGCCUCACCGUGAUGCAAGCCCUGCUGCAGCAGUCUUCCUACCUAUGUGAGUCGCAAGCUGAGCUGCUGCGCGUCGCACAUGCAGCGAGCAGGGAAUCGACCGAGUUCACGUCACUCGACGACUAUCCGCAUGAUGGCAGGUGGCGGCACCCUGCGCGUGGUCCCCGUCGCAACAGAUCAAGUAAUUCGGAACCCUCUUUCUCCUCCUCCUGCACACCAGGCAGCAUGGGCUUGACCUCGCAGCUGCUCCAGUGCACUACGCACGCGCUCUCUGACGAGUCGCUGGUGCGGUCGCUCAUCACCCUUUCUGAGAAAAGCGAGGAGGCAACCGAGGAGCUGCGCCUGGUCGUAGCGCAUCUCACGCUGCGCGGCUCCCUGUCCGAACGACUCUGCCUACAGCUGCUGUGGUUUACUCAGCCGCGGUGCACGGCCGUUUCAUCGCACAUGGCGGGCCCGGCAGAGCAGCAGCUUCGGGCCCACGCGUCUUCGACAGCGCAGCACGCAGAGAUGUCGGUGCUUCUCCGUAAGGCACGACGACACGCCGUACGGCAACUGAUCUGUCUCUUGCGCAGUGGGGUACCGCGGUCUCCACUUGACAUCAUUGAGGUGCUGUGCGUAGAGCACUGUAGUCUGUGCGCAGGACGAGCAUCCGAAGGCCUGCCACGACCAGGCGGCCCCGUCGACGCAGAGCCUGUGGAGUCUGUCUGGGCUGCCAUUGUGGGGCUCUUCUGCGACACGUCAGGAGCCUUGGCGCGGGUUUUCCAUUUUGGCAGCGGCGAGGCGCUCUGGGGCUGGCACUGCAUCGCCGCGUACUUGAGGGCAGUGAGCCCGGCAAGCGGUGCCUCAACUUCUGAGGCGCCAGCAUCGCUGGGCACCACCCUCAGUGCACUGGAGCGGCAGCUCAGCUCCACCACGCACCCGUCGCGCUACUGGCGCAACACGCGAGAGCGCAGGACGAGGUGCGCCGAGGUAGUUGUAGCUGCAACGCACUGUGUGGGGACGCAGUUGCUAACCUACUGCACCGCGACAACCUCGCCUUGUGACACCGCCCUCGCGCUGCUCGGCGAGUGUGUGCGAGAACUUUCGACACCACCGGCGGCUCUCUUUGUUCCAACCACGCUGAGGCUGCUCUCUGCUGUGGACGAGGCGCCGGUGGUCGUUGCCGCACUCGUGCAGCCGCUGAAGCCGUUUCUCUUGGCGCAGCUGGAGGCGCACACAGCCCGUCCCUCCGGCAUGCUGCCAGACCUAAUUCAGUACCUCAGAAGCAUCCUCGCCCGUCCGCUGGCGGCAUGGCAGGCGCCGUCGCGCGUGCGCGUCUCGGAUGCUGUGCUGGAUCUGUAUCUUCGCUUACUGCUCCAAGAGCGGCAGCGAACUCUGUCUCCUGUGCAGUCGGAGCUGCUGGUACGGUGCUUGGAAGAGCGCCGAACGAUUGCAGCGGAGCUGGAGAACGCCUUCAUGAUGCUCCUGACCCGCCGCCUCGGGCAGACAGCAUCUUUUCUGACCACCGUAAGACUGCCGAUCGCUGCGCUGAGUGGGCUUGUAGAACUUGCCGGAACCUUGUCACGCAGCAAGGCCGCAUCCACCACCGCGACGGCCACGAUGAUCCUCAGUACCCUCCUAGACUUGCUCAUUCAACAGGCCAUUCCAGAGUGCACUACCGCAGAGGAGCUUAUAGCUGGUGCCAUCGCGUUGUGCGAUGAUGCCGUGGCAGACCUGCAGAGAACGUCCGCCAUGGCAGCAGCAGUGCAGGCAAGGGGCUUGUCGCUGCUCACGUCCACCGAGGUGACAUGGACACCAGUGCAGAAGGCGUACCUUAUCGCCGCCCUCGUGUGCGUGAAUGUGGACCCGACGCCAGAGCUCCUGCAAGCACUGCGCAGGGAUCACCACACGCAGGCAGGGGGAGCGUUGAAAUCCACGAGAUAA